AUGGAGCGCCAUGGAAUAGUCUUGACUCGCUUGCGCUCUACAGACACUACAACAACCACUACCACCACCGAUUUUGACCGUCUACUGGCUCGAGACGAAGAAAGGCACACUAUAGAAGAAGGCGAGGUGGACCGCCUGCUGACCAAUCGCACAAUAGCGAAGCGCUCGCGCUUGCAGACGCUCCAGACGGUGGGACUGACAGUUCUAUCGAAGGCGCGUCGCCAGAACGUUGCUCAAUUGUUCGUCCAAUUGUGCAGCGCGUGGAUGGUCUUUACCCUGUUGUGGAUUCGGUGGCCGCUGUAUUAUAGCAACGUGUACCCGUCGGUACUCGUGUUUUUGGAUGACAAACUGGACGUCGAGCCAGUUAUCGUCUCCUUUGCCUUGGUGGUGCCAUUUCUCUGUGCUGGGACGGUAUUCCACUGGCGACAUGUCUCGUUUGGCUCCUCAUGGGUCCAACGAGACCAGCAGCUGAAGCUCGUUCAGUGGCUGAAGAAGACCCAUCCCUCUAUCGGUCAAUACAUUGGAGUCGAUGAGGUUGACGUGGUAGUUGGCAGUGGGUUUUUCCUGCUGCAACUUAACCUCGUCAUUGGCAAGCUACUGACCGAUAACAGAAGUGGCAAGUUGGCGACAUCAGGGUAUUUGAAAUGCAUCGCUCGUGAGCUGGGCAUGAAUGGACUUUAUAGCAUGGUGAUGUCCCUCCUUCUUGUAUCGCGACAGUCUUUUUUGCACAAAUGGUUCGGAUUAUCCAGUGAACGGGCCACACGGUACCAUGUGAUUUCGGGACAAUGGGGGUUCUUCUUGUCACUGUUGCACGGUGUGUGGUACAUCAUGACGUGGUAUCUGGACGGCAAACUUGUGCUGAAGCUGCUUCCGUGUAUACACGAGACAUGUACACCUGCACAACAGUAUACAUCCAGCCGCAAUUUUUUCGGAGCUGUUGCGAUGGGGGCGUUGCUCAUUGUCACCGUAUCGUCUCUGGCACGCGUACGCCGGCAGUAUUUCCGACGCUUUAUUGCAUUGCAUACAUUGAAUGCCGUGGUCGUAGUUUCUACAGCGUUGCAUUACUAUGCGACGUCGUUUUGGAUGGUCCCGGCACUUAUGCUGUAUGGUAGUUACCGAAGUGUCUCAGUGUUUGGACGUGGAAAGGCCAGUGUCGUGUCGACAAUGACAAUGAGCAACACAGUGUACCAACUGGAGCUGAGACGAGGCGCGACAGUUGUCACGUCAGACUUUGUGCCGGGUCAAUAUGUAUACCUACAGGUGGCGGCUAUUGGCAAAGAGUGGCAUCCAUUUAGUAUUAGUUCGAGUCCCCUGCGCAACCGUCACUCUUUUGUCGUGGACGUGAAGGUGCAAGGGGCGUUCACAUCCCGAUUGUUGACACUGCUCCAAAAGCAGCAACUUCGUACUGUUCACGUUGAUGGAUACUAUGGCUCGGGGAUAAAGCUGGCUCCACACAUGGUGCUGGUUGCAGGAGGUAGUGGCAUGACUCCGUUUCUGAGCAUACUGGAUCACAUGAAGGCUCUUGCUGAUGCACGCGACCGAGAUGAGGGGUUGAUCGAUGGCGUGGUGGUGGAACUGCCGCGAACUGUAUGGGUGGUCUGGACGUGCCGUGACUUGGGGUUCAUGGCGGCAUAUGCAGAGCUCUUGGAUGCCGUGAAACGGUGCUCCCGAUGGAAAUGCAAGGUGUGGUUGCAUCUCACGUUUGCUGAAAGUUGUGGACGGGAGGAUGAAGACGAGGAUGACGACACUCAAACGGAGCCAGAUGACCUAUCGGAAGAAUCCACGCCGCGUGUUCAGCAGUUCUACCCAGCUCCGACGAAGCCGUUUGUGUUUUCAGGGCACAAUUCGGCGCUAGGGUUGCCUUUAUUUGUUGGUACAGCACUGGGGUGUGGGCUGCUAAUGUGGUGGGUGUAUCACCUGGAGGAGUUGUCAGCCAGGUCAUUCACUAAACGUCUGAUGCUGCUGCUUGCUGGCGCGCUGGGUGCAGUACUUGGAGCUGGUUCAGGGUUGCAUUUGCAGCAGUGUUGGAACGCACGUAAGGGUGUUAAAGUAGGCGGCAGUAACAUGGAGUUUGCAACGGGAGAAAUGGAAGCUGCUGGUUUCGGUAUAAUGAGCCCCGCAACACCGUCCGCUCCACACUCGAUGCCAUCGCCAGCGCAGUCUUUGCAGAAUCGCAGCUUCAUCGUUGAAAAAAAGCGUCCGGACUUGGGAUCGCGUCUGCGUUACGUGCAUGGUGAGAUCCAAGAAAACUACGGCACGAAAGCGGAAGUGGCGCUUCUGGUAAGCGGGCCGGCAGCAUUGCAGCAGGAUGUUCUCCUGCAUUCACGGAAGUUCCUGAAGCCCGCAUUCGACGUGCAGCAGAAGUCUUUCCUCUUGUGA